GUUGCCCUGCGCAAGGAACUGGGGCUUGUCAAGCAGGACACUGAGCGGAUGAGGCGGCAGCUUGCUGCUAUCGAUGAGCUGGUGGCGAAGUACGAUCCGGCUGUCGAGCGAGACCUCGACUCUGCUGAGGAGGAGGCCCAGCGGUCCAGCGUGCAGCAGCUUUGGAAGAGCGCGUGCCAGCAAGAACCCAACGAGAGCCUCGAGGAUGGGUCUUCCUGGAUAAAGCCGGACCUUGCGGAGUUGCCUCAGCGUGUAAAGGCUGCGAGGGAUAAGUUUCGUGCGGCAGAUACUGCCGGCGCCGAGCUUUACAGGGUACAGGAAGAAAAGAUCAACAACAACACGGACGGGCGCGAAAAUGCCAAGGCAAAAUUGCGUGAGAGCGUUGAGGCGGAGAUGGCGAAGCUUGUUGAAACUCGCUCCCGACUGAAGCAGCUGAAUGAUGACCAGCGGUACCACUUCCGUCGUGGCACACAUGUGAAGGAGCGACUGGUGUCCUCGCAGAGGGGGCGGGAUGCGUUGAGGGGCCGUGUGUACAAUGAUGAGGCAAAGCAGUUUGGAGAGUUCUUGGCGCUGGAGGACGAGCUGAAGGAGCUGACGGAAUGGGUGAAAAACGCCAAGCGUGAGCUUGAGGAUAACAAGCGCAGCUAUGCAAAGGAGCAGCGUGAGCUACAGGAACAGCUGCAGGUGGUUGAAGACAACGGCAAGGAGGCACGCGAGUUACGCGAGCGCUUUGAGCGUGAGAAUGAGGAGCUAAAGAGCCUCAAGCAGGACCUUCAACAGGUGCUGAUCUACGCCCGCGUCCACCACCGCGAGGAGUUUGCUUGA